GAGGUGUGAUUGCCUAUAUCAGUUCUUCCAGUUCAGCCUCUAGCCCUGCUUCUUGUCACAGCGAGGGUUCUGAGAACAGUUUCCAGUCCUCCUCUUCUGUUCCAUCUUCUCCAAAUAGCUCUAAUUCUGAUAACAACGGGAACCCCAAAAAUGGUGAUCUCUCCAGUAUUGAAGGCAUCCUGAAGAAUGAUCGCAUAGAUUGUUCAAUGAAAACAACCAAAUCCAGUGCACCUGGGAUGACAAAGAGUCAUAGUGGUGUGACAAAAUUUAGUGGCAUGGUUCUACUGUGUAAAGUCUGUGGGGAUGUGGCAUCAGGAUUCCACUAUGGAGUUCAUGCUUGUGAAGGCUGUAAGGGUUUCUUUCGGAGAAGCAUUCAGCAAAACAUCCAAUAUAAGAAGUGCCUAAAGAAUGAAAACUGUUCUAUAAUGAGAAUGAAUAGAAACAGAUGUCAGCAGUGUCGCUUCAAGAAGUGUCUGUCUGUUGGAAUGUCAAGAGAUGCUGUUCGGUUUGGUCGUAUUCCUAAGCGUGAAAAACAGAGGAUGCUAAUUGAAAUGCAAAGUGCGAUGAAGACCAUGAUGAACAGCCAGUUCAGUGGUCAUUUGCAGAAUGACACAUUAGAACAUCAUGAACAGACAGCCUUACCAGCCCAGGAACAGCUGCGACCCAAACCCCAGCUGGAACAAGAAAACAUCAAAAGCUCUUCUCCCUCUUCUGAUUUUGCAAAGGAUGAAGUGAUUGGCAUGGUGACCAGGGCGCACAAGGAUACUUUUAUGUAUAAUCAAGAGCAGCGAGAAAACUCAGCAGAGACCAUGCAGCCUCAGAGAGAACGGAUUCCCAAGAGCAUGGAGCAAUAUAAUUUAAAUCAUGACCAUUGUGGCAGUGGGCUUAGCAGCCAUUUUCCAUGUAGUGAGAGCCAGCAGCACCUCAAUGGACAGUACAAAGGGAGGAACAUAAUGCAUUACCCAAAUGGGCAUGCCAUUUGUAUUGCAAAUGGACACUGUAUGAACUUCUCCAACUCUUAUACUCAACGAGUAUGUGAUAGAGUUUCGAUAGAUGGAUUUUCUCAGAAUGAGAACAAGAAUAGUUACCUGUGCAACACUGGAGGGAGAAUGCAUCUGGUUUGUCCAAUGAGUAAGUCUCCAUAUGUGGAUCCUCAUAAAUCUGGGCAUGAGGUCUGGGAGGAAUUUUCAAUGAGCUUCACCCCAGCAGUGAAAGAAGUCGUGGAGUUUGCAAAGCGUAUUCCUGGGUUCAGAGAUCUCUCUCAGCACGACCAGGUCAACCUUUUAAAGGCUGGGACUUUUGAGGUUUUAAUGGUACGGUUUGCAUCAUUAUUUGAUGCAAAGGAGCGUACUGUCACCUUUUUAAGUGGGAAGAAAUACAGUGUUGAUGAUUUACACUCAAUGGGAGCAGGGGAUCUGCUAAACUCUAUGUUUGAAUUUAGUGAGAAGCUCAACGCCCUCCAACUUAGUGAUGAAGAGAUGAGUUUGUUUACAGCUGUUGUCCUGGUAUCUGCAGAUCGAUCUGGAAUAGAAAAUGUCAACUCUGUUGAGGCUUUGCAGGAAACUCUCAUCCGUGCACUAAGGACCUUAAUAAUGAAAAACCAUCCAAACGAGGCCUCUAUUUUUACAAAACUUCUUCUAAAGUUGCCAGAUCUUCGGUCUUUAAACAACAUGCACUCUGAGGAGCUCUUGGCCUUUAAAGUUCACCCCUAAGGCCUUUGUUUAUUUAAAUAUGAACUGACUUAUGCUAACUGUACAUUUUGUGCUAAAAUGCUUAUUUAUAUGUGUAUACCAUAUGUGGAGAUAGAAAAGACCUUUAAGACAAUACAAGAUUGUAGGCUGUCUCUGUAAUCAUGCAGUAGCUGUUUGGAUUGAGGUUUCUCCAGCCAUGGUUAGACAUUGACCGCAUUUCCCCUUUAGACCAAUCAGCUGUGUCACACUUAAACUGGAGAAGUUACACUGAAUUAUAGUCACACUGAAUGUUAGACUUUUCAUCUGCCAAAACCAAAAACCAUUUUGAUCUCCCUGUGGUAUAAAUAUAACGCACAAUCACAAGUAUAUGAGGACUUAAAAAUUAACCUUUUGUGGUAGAAAUUCUGUUGUAUGAGGAAAACUUGAUUUCACCACAAGACCAUUUGAUCUGGUAAUUGGAGACACUGAGCAGGUUAGUGAAGAGCGCUGCAUGUGUGUAGUUUGCUCGACCACUGUUAAAGUGUCUGAUCCUGGGCAGGUGGGUUGGUUGUGGAAAAUGAAAAUUGAUAGUGUUCUCAGUGCCCCACCUCACAGAUACUAAACAAUGUCUAUAAAGCAUAUUUACCUCUUGGGAGAUAGGCACUAUGUAAAUAAGGUAACAUUUUUGUUAUAGUUUUCAUAAUAAUAAUCUCUUAUUUCUAAAUAUUUCUGAGAAAUCAUUUCACAGUCCACACCAACCUAUAAUUCAGGGUUCCUACAUAUGUGUGGGGAUAUCCUCUUGGCACACACAUAUUCAAAGUUUAUGGGUACAUCAGAUACAUAGUAUGUGUAUAUAAUAUCUGUGUGAACAUAGUUAUACACAAACACAUUUCUUCACAAUAUUUUAAACUGUGAAGAACUUUAUCAUUCAAUAAACUUAAAAUAAGACGUGUCAAAGAUUCAAGUGAGGUGCAUUUUACCUGUUGAUGACAUAACCAUUGCUUUAAAUGUUUAGACAAUAGAAUAUUGAAUUUAUGCUCUAUUUUUAUUUAAGCAGCACUUAAUGUAAAAGUACAACAGGCAAGGGAGUCCAAAUUUCAAAAAAUAUGUAUUUUAGAGUUCGUCUUUGAUAGAUCUUUGGUUCAGGGUACUAGUCGUUUGAAAGUUCAUUCAGAUUUUUACCUUGUACUAAAAAAGGUUACAUUGCCCCUUAUACACAUGCUGCAGCUUGAUGAUAAAGAUUUUGAUCGUUUUUGGAGAACCAAUCAAUGUUUAAGAAAACCGUCUAAUAUGUUGGCUGUGCGUGUGCGUGUGUGCAUGUGUGCACAAGUGUGUUCCGAGUCCACUCUUCUUUUCCUAAAUAACACUACAGGGAUUUUAUCAAAUUAGAUUUAAUCUAGAAUUUGAAAAACAUCAUUUGGUGUGUGUGACCUACAGGCUUAGAAAUGGUACAGAGACAUUUCAUCCACAUUUCUAAUAUUGGGUUUUAUUAAGUAGAGAAGACCAGCCUCUGUUGAUGGCAGUGGGAGAAAUAGCCAAAAGUGAGGAUUUUUAUGUAUGUCUUUCUGUUUCCCUGGAAAAUUAAAAUUAAUUGGAAUUUUUUGGAAAAGAUUGCCUUCUGUGUAAUUUUGGGAUUAUAUAAAACUGCAAGAAUGGAAAGAGCCUGCUUUACUAUACUCAGCCUGUGACUUUCCUGAUAUGUGAGCAGAAUGCCUUAUUUUGUAUCUUGUUUAACUUGUUGCUACUGGGACUUGAAUUUCUGUGGCACUUGUUAAGUAAGUUAAAAAAAAAGAAGUUAAAUCCUCUCAUUAUUAAAGAGGAAAGGUGAUGGUGAUGUCUGUAAUACAAUAUAAACCAUAAUCGUGAUUUACCUUACAUUGGUAAGACUUUUAUGGGAUAUACAGUAUAGUUUUUGUGAAUUAUUUACAUGAUAGCAUUAUCUUUUUAUAAUUUUUUUCCUAUGAUAAAUGCAUAGUUUUCUUCUAUGGGGAAUAGAAACGGCUUUUUGAAGUAAUCCUGAAAACCUCAAAGAUCAUGUUUAUUCUUAAUUUUUGCCUUUUGCAUAAGCCUCUUUAUAUAACAUGUUAUCUUUAAAACAAUUACUGUCUUUAGGAAUGUGUAACCAGAGGUAUGUUAGUAUUGCUUAUAAAACUUUAGUUAGGUUCAAUAUAUACAUGUAUACAUCUAUAUAUAGGUAUGUAGGUUCGCAUUUUGUCUUGUAAAAUUUUAUUUGAACAAAUUCUUCCUGUAGGUAAUGGGAAACAAAAUUAAUAGUUCAUAUGCCACUUGUAGCAUCUCUAUAUUUGAAAAUAGCCCAAUAUUAAAACUUCUAAAAUUAAACCAGCAGCCUAUUAUAAGCACAUUCUUUGAUUGAGUCAUUGGGUAUAAACUUACUAAAUGUGGAGAAGACAACCAGUUUGGGAAAUUUCUGAGUUGGUGGGACACUGCUGAUUAAUUGAUAAUGUACUGUAUGAAUUAAGUGAUGCUUUAACUCUGAUUUUACAUUUUAAAGUUAAAAUGUGGGCAUUAUGUCAGCAAACUUAAGGGCAUUAUGUCAGCAAGCUAAAACAUUUUCUUUUCUGUGCUUUUAAUGUAUCUCUUUACAUGAUCUGAGAGAGGAUUCAAGCUUUUUAGAGAGAAAUAGCUGAGGGAAAGGGGAAACAUCUUCUUGAGUUGAAGCUUUUCCUUAAUGGCGAUGGUUUAAUUACAGAUAAAACUAGAAGGCAAUUUCAGUGGAUUAAGUGUAUAGCUUUUGUAUCUACAUUUCAAGAAAUUACCAUUGUUAACUUGAUAAGAAAUGAUUUAUUUUAUGUAAACAUCAUUGCAAAGCAAGGUGUAGAAGCUCAGCUAGAUUUAUUACUGUGCACGAGAGUAAAUACCUAUCUCAAUUAUUCUUUUCUUUUUCCAAUAUAAAGUUUGCUGAAUGUACAAGAAGAGUUUAUCACUUAGGAUAUAGAAUUUUUUUAGGGGUUGGGGGGAUGAGAUCUGUCAGGAAAUCACCUAUAAACAAAGAUUGUCUUGAUUUGAUUCAAAACGUAAAACUUGAAGCUAUUCUUGAACUAACGUGGAAAAAUAAAAUGGCUAUUGUUUUAAAAACGAUAGAAAUAUAUUGUCAAGAUAUGAAUUACAUUUAUUUUCUACAAACUUAAUUGAUGAGGACAUGGGUAAUAUCUUCAUGUUUCUGAAAAGUAAUCUGUACAUGGGGGGAGGGGAUAAUAAAAUUAUUUCUAACCAA